AUGUACAAAAUUCUUAUCGUUGGUUCUGGAGGCGUCGGCGUUAUGGCUGCAUAUGCAUUGGACCUCAGCCCGCUGGCCGAAGUAACGGUGGUAGUAAGAUCUGACUAUGAUAUUGUUCAAGAGAGGGGAUACAAGAUCGAAUCCGUUGACUAUGGAAAAAUCGAGAAGUAUACUCCGUCUCAUGUGGUAAAAACAGUGAGCGAAGCAGCUAAAUUUGGACCGUUUGAUUAUGUGGUGGUCUCGACAAAGAACACGCCAGAUAUCUUUAAAACUGAGGACUUGGUGGAUGCUGUUGUGACUCCUGAAAAGACAACCAUUGUGCUUCUACAAAACGGUAUACAUAUUGGUGAGCCUUUCAUUGAAAAAUACCCCGGUAACAUCGUAUUGAGCGGUGUCUCCAUGAUUUCAUCCACAAAUUACAAUGCAGAUAUCACGCAUACCAGUCAAGAUUCUUUGGCCAUUGGCUAUUUUAACAAUGAAAACAUUGCAACACAAGCUCAGAAGGAUUCUGCCAUGAGUUUCAUAGAGUGUUACCAUAAUGGCAAAAAUCACUGCUACUAUGAUGAGAACGUCAAUUUCACCCGUUGGAGAAAGUUGGUUUACAACGCAACAUUGAACCCUAUUUGUGCCUUAACUGGUGUGGAUGUGGGUCGCUUAGAAAUCUUUGGAGGCAAUGAUACUCUUGUUAGGGCAGCCAUGAAGGAGGUGUAUGCGGUAGCUGCAUCUGAUGGGGUAGACUUACCAACCGAAGUGGCAGAUAUCAUGUUAGCCUCAGAUGACGGCGUCUAUUAUGCGCCAUCAAUGCUCGUUGAUAUAAUAAAAGGGAACUACAUUGAAGUCGAGGUCAUUGUUGGAAACACUGUUCGUGUCGCACAGAAGAAUGGUGUGGAGGCGCCUAUGCUCUCGUUGAUCUAUCAUUUACUACAGGUGGUUCAAAAGAAAACUAUGGAGCUGAAGGGACGUAUUGUUCUUCCAGAGCAACGUCCAGAUCACUCAUUUAAGCUUGAAUAA